AUGACAAUAACAGUAAAAAGUAGUAGUAGUAGUAGUAAUAUUUUGAAUGGUCAUUUGGGUGCAAUCCUUACAUUACUUUACGGUUUAUCAGUGUAUAAGCAGUAUAUUAAACAAUCUGUACGAGCUACAACUUUAGCCACUGCAACUGUGCAAUCUUCUGAAUCUUCCACUAACAGUUCGCAAGUAGCACAACUGAAAACGAAAAAAAGUAACACAGGAAGGAAUUGCACAAUACCAACAAUGCCUCCUAGUAGCAACCUGAUGGCUUUUUACGUAAGCUUAAAUGAAAAUAUCGUAGGAUUUUGUUAA